AAAUCCCAGGCUGCUAUUGACGUCAUUAUUCUUCGACACUGACGACAGCAGCACGCGACAGAUUGAGGAAGAUUUACCAAACACUUGUGGGUUGCUCUUACUUUUACAUCACAACCAGAUAGCAUUAUCGAAGUACUACACUAGUGAUGGAAGUGAGGCCGUAAACUAUUCUAUUCUAGUCCUCGCUUAGCUAAAACAGAAACCCAAGCCGCCUCUUCUGAGCUCUGCAAUCACGUAUGCAACAUUACAUCUCGCAGUGAAAUACUGCUGUGGAUCGUAACCAUGACUUUGAGCAUGGACAUCAGCGUUUCUUUUCUCAAGUGCGAACUCGCCUCUACUAUCGACCAGGCGGUAAGAUGCGCCGUCGAAACGGUUUUAAAAGAAACGGCGCGAGUUGUUGGCAUAAAGCUGGCCGUGGCUCGAAACGCAGCGGCAGAGUCGCACCGAGAGAAUCAGACCCUGCGCGAGAGACUGGAGAUCUCCGAGAGCGAGCUGAAAGCAGUGCGCUACUACAUGACCGCGGCUGAAAAGAAUAUCAAACAGUGUUUACUUCUCAACAGAAACCAGCUCGGGUCAAAUAUCGUGCGCCCAAACGCAGAAGACGCACUUUUUGUGAUUCCGUCACGCGCUGCGGACGGAAGCCCCACAUUACAGGCGCAAAGCAGAGAUUCCUCCCGCAAGAGCUUCCGAAACUCACCGGGAAGAACCCAAAAUCCCAAAAAUCUCCCUAGUGUUGGCCUCUGUCUCCCCACGGUGCAGUCAGACUGGCCUCGGGAGUGCGUCAACCGCAGAGAGGCAAGAGGAGGGUCCUCAGGAGGCAACAGUUCAGCGCUCGCGAGUGACCCCACGACCUCACAAACUCUUGUGGAAAACAAUGCUGCUCUCUUCAAACCAGAAGAUGAGCCAGAGGGCCCGUUUUACAUCACUAAUGAGGGUGAAAAAGACAACUGUUCUGCAGUAACAGACAGUGAGAGGAGACACGAGGAACCAGAAAAUCCAGACCCCUCCGCAAACCCACCAGAGGAUCCAUCUGACAUGACAAAGUUUGAGUUUGAAAUGAGCACGCCAGCUGGGAAUGUUAAUGAGCUGGAGCUGAUACAGGUGAUGGAGGACUCUGAUGAAGUCCAACAGGGCACCAUUAAAAUCGAAGAGGAUCCUGAUUCCCUUACAUUAGAGCCUCCUUCAUCAAAUCUAGCUGUAGCAUCUUCUUCCAACUCCAUGCAAGAGUUAGCGCAAAUCUCCUCGCCUUCGAUGCGGGAGAGUGAUGGUAAUGCUUUGCUGGCCUUGGCUGCACCUGUUAGUAGUGACUCUGGGUUCAGCAGGACUAUCGAGAGCCCUGAUAAAGUGCACCGCUGUAACAUUUGUGGCCGAGGGUUCAGACGUUUCUACUGCUUGAAAACGCACCAGCGCAUACACACAGGAGAGCGCCCGUAUCCUUGCAGAUACUGCGAGAAGCGAUUCCGCCAUUUGGACAGCUUACACAAGCACCAGCGCAUUCACACAGGAGAGAGACCGUACCGCUGUGCUGAGUGUGGAUGCUGCUUCAGAGAACUCGGUCAACUCAAAAAGCACAGACUCAAACACUCACCCACAUUUGUUCCGGUGGCCAAUCCCACCUUCCCUCUCCUCCCAGCCGGACCCUCCUAUGUCUGGCCACAUCUCAACACACAGUCUUUGGAUUCAGUCUAGGCAUGUGGCGGUAUUUUCAAAGCAUGGUAAUUGUGGAAACUGGUACGGUAUUAUCUGCUGGUAUUCAAUGAUGUUACAAAAACAGGUUGAAAAGAUAAACUUAUCCUCUUAAAUAUUCUCAAAUCAGGGGCAUUAAAAAUAUAUUAAAACAACAAAACAAUUAUAAAUUAAACGUGUUUCAAACUGAUUAAAGUACAAAAGAGCACCACUAUAAGGGACAAUAACAACAAAUUAAAAGAUUUUUAACCAUUAUCCAAAUAUAUUUUCUGGGCUAGUGUGUUUUAGUCCAGAUUAAAAUGUACAACUGUAAACAAAUGCGUAUUAUAUAACGCUUAGUAUUAAAUACUCAAUAUUUGGUGUUAUUAUAAACACCAUAGCAAAUACAAAAUCUGAGUGGUUGUUUUGAAAGCAUUUAAAUACUGUUUGACUUCAGUUCAGAAACAGGAAUUUUCAUAGCAUUACUUGGUGUACAUGGGUAACCACUGUAUUUCUGCUUUUCUGUAAGUGCCACAUACUGUCAGAGCAUGAAUUUGCAUUUCCAUUUGGCCUGUUUGCGUUUUUUUUUCAAAACUUCAGAUCAAAGUGAAAAUCAGACUUAUUUCAUAUGCAGCAUACAUGUCAUGCAGUGUCAUACAUUUUAACUGGUUGAUAAAAAAAUAAGCUAAUGUGCAGUCUAAAAGUCUUUACAAUUCAGAAAACAAGGUACCCAGAAUUAUCCACUGUAUUCUGAAGUGUGCAUGAUUACAAUACUGUAUGUUCAUUCCCACAAUGUACCGUGUUACCAAAUACCAGCACAUGUCUAAUUCAGUAAAAGUGAAGAGAAGACAUCCGACAUCCGAGAAGACAUUUUAUGAGAAUAUGUUGUGGCACAAAACACAUCACAGAUAAAGUUUGUUCAGUAACAGUUUGGUCCAAAAACAAUUGGAGGUAUAUUGGAAGAUAUAUAUUUGCCUGAUUGUGUAAACAGUUUGUCCAUCACACACACACACACACACACAAUUCAUUUAGAUUAAUAUGUACAAAAUACAUCAACCACAGUGCAGCAUAACCAUAACUAUAAUGAGUUGUUUUCAUGCAUAAAAACAACAAUGCAAAUGUGACAGUGCAAAACAUUUAAAUGGGUUCCAGCUAUGAUUAAACCUUCACAAUAGGGCAUUUUUCUGGUCUUGAGGCUUGAUUUUACUCACGCUGAUCAUCACACAAAAAUGUGCAUCCUGCACAAAUCAGAACUGAAACUAAUUAUUUUUGUACUUUGUGUAAAUGCAUCAGUAUAAAUUAUAGCCUGACAAAUA